AUGUAUUACUGCGACCCUUGCGAACGUUAUUUCAAUGGCGAAAAUAGCUACAAUCAGCACGUUGAGAAUAGCUCCGCACAUCGUAACUUCGAACCCUCUGAUGAUGGAUAUUCUUCCAGCAAUGCAGAACCUGAAUUCGAGUGUAGUGGAUGUGAUAGUUGGUUCUGGUCUAGCGUGGCUCGCGAAAACCAUCACGUCUCCCAACAUGGUCAUCGUUAUUGUACGCCAUGCAAUCGAAUGUUCAUGAACGAAAACAAUCUGAUGCAGCAUCAACACUCUAAAGUCCACCAGGGAUUCCCAAUGAAAUGUCCUCUUUGUCCCACUCAAUAUCCAACCGUAUCAGCUCUCAUCGUUCAUCUCGAAUCCAGUCGUUGUCCCUCUGGCUCGAACCGCGAAAGGAUCAAUGCCGCGAUCCGUUGUCUAGACAAGAACCACGUAAUUACUACACCUCUUAUGGAAUAUAGUUCCCCCUCCUUUACCAAUAUCGCCACUGAGCGUUCUUGGAAUGGCUUCUACUAUGAAUGUUCUAUGUGCCAUCGCGGAUUCAACACUCUACAAGGACUGAACGGUCAUUUGAGAAGUCCGGUUCAUGAUCAGAGAAUGUACAGAUGCCCAGGUCCAAGCUGUGGUAGAGAAUUUAUUGUUUUGAGUGGGUUAGUACAGCAUGUUGAGAGUGAGAGUUGUGGUGUCAUGAGGUUUGCCAACGUCCAGAAAUCGGCCAGUGGUGGAAUUGAUAAGAUGGUGAGAAAGAUGAUUGGGAGUUGA